AUGGCUGAGGAGGGUUACAGGGUUGCUUUAAAUGUUUAUGAUUUAAGCCAAGGACUUGCUAGACAGCUUUCAAUGUCGUUUUUGGGGAAAGCUAUUGAAGGCAUAUGGCACACAGGAAUUGUGGUUUAUGGAAAUGAGUAUUACUAUGGUGGUGGCAUACAACAUUGUCCUGCUGGAUCAACACCAUAUGGAACUCCACUUAAAGUGGUUGAUUUAGGUGUUACACAUGUUCCAAAGGAUGUUUUUGAAAUGUAUUUGCAGGAAAUCAGUCCGCGCUACUUGGCUGAAACCUAUAGUCUGCUUACUCACAAUUGCAACAACUUCAGCAAUGAAGUUGCACAAUUUUUGGUUGGUGGUACAAUUCCAGAUUAUAUUCUUCAGCUCCCUAAUGAGGUUAUGAGCAGCCCAAUGGGUGCUCUCAUGUUGCCAAUGAUACAGAAUUUAGAGACAACAUUAAAGGCAGGUGGAGUUCCACAAGUGCCACAGUUUAGGCCUUCAACAGUGACUUCUUUAUCAAAUUUUGCCUCAGUCAACACCCAAAAGAGUUCAACUGGACCUAACUCAUCCACAGAGAAUAAGGUCAUCAAUAAGGAAGUAAAAGGCAAAGAAGAAGUUAAGAAGACCGAAAAUGCAGUGUCAGCUUCUGAAAAGCCAGCAGCAGUAUCAAAUGGUGUUGUAGACCCUCUAGGGGAUGUGCGCAACAAGGUUCAAGAUGAGAUUAUCAAAGAGUUUGCUGCUAUCAUGGCAACUGGGACUAUGCGGGCUAGUGAAGCUGCAGCACUUGCUACUAGAAGAGUCAUGGAAAGACAUGGCCAGAUUUCUCUGUCACAGAGUUAG